AAACCCUUUAACUCCGGUAUCUACAGUGUGUGCAGGCACACCGUCGUCAUCGCGCACACCUUUAAAACAUAUGUAGAAGCGUUGAAUUCAUCUGCAAACCGAGGCGAGGCGAGGUCGGUGGCGCGUGUUCAUGCGACAGGAGAGAACCCAACACCUUUCCCGGCGCGCACGCGUGUAUAUAGAGUCGAAGAGUCGCAUAUACCAGGUGGACGUGCCGAGCACACGAGCUAUCAUAGACGCGGAGCGCGUACGACGUGUGCCACGCCGUUUUCUGUGCAUCGAUUCACCGUUCCUUCUCGACUUCCUCUUAAUUCUGUCCGAUCGUCCCGAAGGAAGUUUCGUCGAACCGGUACAAAGCAGUGUACGUACGUGUGCCCGCGCGCGAGUGAUCCAUACCUUCGAUCGAAGAUCCAACCUCGAAGUGGAUAUUCUGAUGGCUCGUACCGCGACCGAUCCCCUUAUCGAGAAGGAAACCGCGUACUCGCUUUCGAACGGCGAACACGGUCUGACCGGUCGCCCGAUCCGCGUAGCGUUAUCGAGGAAAGAAACGUGUACUCGAUUUCGAAUAGAGAACGUUGAAUAGUAGAGACAGUGGAAGUCCGAGUUUUCCUGUUUUGAUAUUCGGGACGAUACACGGUUUGCAGAAUUAUUGCUGAACGGUAGAUAAGAUUCGGGCCAGUAUGGGUUUGACUAAUGAAGAGAUUGAUUCCAGCGAUGUUUCGUUAUCGAGGAACCUUCGCCCGAUAACGGAGUAAGUGCCUAGCGACUUUGCGCAUAAAUAUGACCGCGCGAGCGAACGCCGAGCUGUUGGACAAUUCGCCGCGUGCUAUUCUGUUGAAUGUGAAAACGUGUCGCACGAUAGAAUGCAAAGAGGAUAAAGAAUGAACGUUCCCAUCGUGUCGGGAGAUAUCGUCGAGGACGAUGUCAGUAAGCCGCGUUUCGUCAGGGGGUCGGAUCCCAGAGUGGCUACGUGCCGGGGAAAGCUGCAGAACAAACGAAGCAAGCUGAAUCAGGAGAUCAACAAGGAGCUACGGUUGCGAGCUGGAGCGGAGAACCUGUUCAAAGCGACCACCAACAGGAAAUUGCGUGAAACAGUAGCGCUGGAAUUGAGCUUCGUCAAUUCGAACCUGCAGUUGCUGAAGGAGCAGCUCGCCGAGCUGAACAGCUCGGUCGAGCUCUAUCAGAACGUUGAUAGUGAGGAGCCGGCAAUGCCGAUGAUACCGCUAGGACUGAAGGAAACCAAAGAUAUAGACUUUCGGGAUCCGUUCAAGGACUUCAUCCUUGAGCAUUACAGCGAGGAUGGUAACAAUUACGAGGAGGCCAUCGCGGAGCUCAUGGAAACGCGACAGGCGACGCGAACCCCGACCAGGGAUUCUGCAGGCAUCGCGCUGCUGCUGCGUUACUACAACCAACUAUAUUUCGUGGAGAGAAGGUUCUUUCCUCCGGACCGGAGCCUCGGCAUUUAUUUCGAGUGGUUCGAUUCGUUAACAGGAGUUCCGAGUUGCCAGCGGACAGUAGCGUUCGAAAAGGCGUCAAUUCUCUUCAACGCGGCCGCGCUUUACACUCAAUACGCUGCCAAACAGGAUCGUCUUUCUGCGCGAGGUUUGGACCAGGCGAUAGACGCGUUCCUCCGUGCCGCUGGUACCUUUCGUUACAUACACGAGAACUUCACCAACGCGCCGAGCAUGGACCUCGGCCCGGACAUGCUCGAGAUGCUCGUUCAACUGAUGCUGGCUCAAGCGAGGGAAUGUCUGUUCGAGAAGCUGGAACUUCAAUCGAAGAAUGGCAGGAACAUCGACGUUUCGUUGGAUCUUGCGCAAGAAGCGUCACAGGUCGCGGCCGUGUAUAACGACGUCCAUGGAUUGAUCUCGCGCGAGCCAGUACGUGAUUAUGUCCCGGAGACGUGGGUCUCGUUGAUAUUGGUGAAACGCGAACACCAUUUAGCUCUGGCUCAUAAACAUGUCGCGCUAGGGUUGUUCGAUCGGCCGGUGUCCGAAUGGCGUUCGGAAACGAAGCUCGCGCUCGAGCACGUUCAGAAGAGCGACGGGAAGACGCAGUUGGAUAUCGUUGUGCCGCGAGAUGAAAAUGAGAGGAAAUUGUUGGGUAAGGCACAUCUGAGGGAAGCUUUGGUCUUGCACGAGGAGAGCCAAAGACUGCAACGGAUGUGCAGAGAUUUGAAGGCCAAACAAGCGCUCGCCAAAGUUUUGAGAAGGGUGCAAGAAUCGACCGUCGAGAGCUAUAAUGGUAUCGGAGACGAAGAUGAUUUUCGGGGACUGUUGGAUCCUCCGGAUAUCAUAGCGUCUACAAAAUUUCAACUGAGCAUCACUCAUCCGGAUUUUGGGCAACACGGCGUGGAAGAUCUCUUCAGGUCGCUGGGUCCGGUAGCUAUAUUUUCAGCUAAGAGGCAUUGGACUGCGCCGCGUUUGAUACAACUCCAACGAGGUCCUGACGGGGAAGGUUUCGGAUUCAGCGUCCGAGGAGAUGCUCCCGUAAUAAUAGCUGCGGUCGAUCAUAAUUCUCUAGCCGACUUGGGCGGCAUGAAGGAAGGCGAUUUUAUAGUGGGCAUCGGUGACAAGGACGUGAAAUGGGCUUCUCACGAGCAAGUCGUUCGCCUGAUUAAGCAGUCCGGCGAUUUCAUCAACUUAAAAUUGGUCACGCCAAUGGACAGAAAUUACUUAAAGAAACCGAAUAAGACCAAUCAACAGGAUAAAGGAAGCGUUUCGGCUAGCAGCUCUUCCGGUAUCUCUUCCGGUCAGCCGAGUCCUGCCGGUUCUGUGACCACCGCUCACGUCACUAAGAAAUUACCGUGGAACCCGUUUAAAAAGUCCACCACCCAACGCGACAGUAGGGACCUGACUUUCGAUAACGUUAUCCUCAGAUGACUCUACAGACGUGUACGGCGUCGGUUAUUGGAAUUCGUUUUCCCAUAGUCAAAUCUCGGAACCACCUUGAAAAACACGUUCCAGACGUUCCAAGAUUUACUUGCAGCGAACUCCGAAACUGAUCCUGACACUCAUGGUCCAACGAUUCUGUAUAUCGCAAUCUUGAUCCAUUUAUACAGGCAUACAUAUUCCCAGUAAUUCACACGCAUGCACACCAGGAAAUGUAUAUUAUACAAAAAUUACUUUCGGUCAAUGGAUCUAGAAAUAAUAUUUUCACAAUUUGGUAUCCGUCGAUCGCCGGGUAGGAUGUGGUACAAUGUACAAAUGGUCGAUGUUGAUGGAGCUCGAAUGUACUUACGUACGUGUACAACGUUAAUAAAUAUAUUUCGUUUGGAGAAACAAG